GUCUGUAGGUUUUUCUUCAAUAUUGUUUUAGGUGCAGACCUUUAGAUCUCACAUCUCUGGUUCUCGUCUUUGGAUCCGGUUCCGAACAUGUCCGGGUCUUCUGAGGAGCGGGUUGGAUACAUCACGCGGGUCCAGAGCUUCAGCGCGUGUCACCGGCUACACAGCGUUCACCUGAGUGAUGAGGAGAAUAAACGAGUCUACGGGAAAUGCGACAACCCUAACGGACACGGACACAACUACAAAGUGGAGGUCACAGUGCGUGGAAAGAUCGACCGGCUCACUGGGAUGGUCAUGAACCUCACCGACCUGAAGAGAUGCAUCGAGGACGUCAUCAUGACCCCACUGGACCAUAAGAACCUGGAUCAGGACGUCCCGUACUUCUCCAACGUUGUCAGCACCACAGAAAACGUCUCCGUCUACAUCUGGGACCACAUGGUGAAGGUUCUACCUCCAAACCUUCUGCACGAGAUCAAAAUACACGAGACGGACAAGAACAUCGUCGUCUACAGAGGAGAGUAGAGUGAUCGUCUACAGGAUGAGAUGUUAUUAAAGUACUGUUCUGACAUGAAGUCAAUUAAUUCAGAUAUGAAACAUUAAAGUUAUCAUCAGAGGUUCAGCUGGAGGAGCGACGAUGAUCUCACUGUUCAGAGCUCUGGAUUAUUUAUGACAAUAAAAACAUUAGUGGAACAUUAGAGUGUUUGUUUUGUCUGAAAACAUGAAUCGACUGUUAAAUAAGAAUUGUUUAUGUAAAUGUUUAGUUUGAUUUGCACAACAAUUGAGAAAAACUUUAUAUGAAAACAUUAACUUUCUGGAAAACAAAAAAAAUACGAAGUUCAGAUCAGAAGUGUGCGUUAGAAGUAGCUCUGCAGAGGUUCUCCCAGGAUGUUCUCCAUCUCCUGAACCACCUUUUGGACCUGCUGCUCCACCUCCUCACACUCAUCUGGAACACACACAUCACUCAUG